AUGGCAGCAAAAUCCAUAGUAGUUGGUGUGGAGGGGAUGACCUGCAAUUCCUGUGUUCAGACCAUUGAACAGCACCUUGGGAAGAUGAAUGGUAUCCAUCACAUUGAGGUAUCUCUGGAGGAUAAGAAUGCAGUUGUUGUUUAUGACUCCAAACUGCAGACUCCAGCGAUGUUGCAGGAAGCAAUAUACGACAUGGGAUUUGAUGCUACACUAGCUGAUUCAAACCCACAACCUGUUUUAUCUGACACUGUUUUUCUUACAAUACCUACUCAGUCAGCUCUGUCAUCUAACCAGAUCUGUAGUGCACUGCUAAAGAACAAAGGUAUCCUGGAUGUUAAAAUGUCCUCUGACCAAAAAACUGCAGUGGUGACUUUCCUUCCUUCCAUUAUCAAUGGCAAGCAGAUCAUUCACAUGGUCCCAGGAGCAGAUUUAACAAUUUCUGCACCAGAGGUAACUCCUGGAACUUGGGAAGAUUCCAGCUGGUCUCAAGCAAGCAGCGUUGUGCUGCGCCUGAAAGUAGCAGGGAUGACCUGUCACUCCUGCACCAGCACCAUUGAGGGCAAGAUUGGCAAACUGCAAGGAGUCCAGCGGAUUAAAGUGUCCCUGGACAAUCAGGAAGCUGUUGUUGUCUACCAGCCUCAUCUCAUUGCAGCAGAAGAAAUAAAACAUCAAAUCGAAGCUGCAGGUUUCACAGCAUCUUUCAAAAAGCAGCCCAAACCCCUCAAGCUCAGUGCUAUGGACCUGGAAAGGUUGAGAAAUACUCAAACCCAAGGCUCUGAAACAGCAGCCAAAGAAAACUCAAAUGUGAAUGAUACAAAGACAGUUGUCUUCAGAGUUGAUGGCAUGCACUGCAAUUCAUGUGUCCUCAACAUUCAGAGCACCAUAUCAGCACUCCCAUCAGUAACAAGUGUAAUUGUUUCAUUAGAGAAGAAAUCUGCUAUUAUAAACUAUAACCCACACUUAAUUAGCAUAGACCUCCUGAAAAAAAACAUUGAGAUGGUGUCUCCAGAGACUUUUAAAGUCAGCCUUCCUGACCAAUAUGAAAAUGUAGCACUUUUCCCCACGCUGGCAUCUCCACUCAAGUCUCCUCAUCCAGCUUUGAAGGAUACUAGCCAGCCACUUACUCAAGUUGUGGUGAUAAAUAUUGAAGGGAUGACUUGCAACUCUUGUGUGCAGUCCAUUGAGGGAGUCAUAUCCCAGAAGGCAGGUGUCAAAUCCAUUUGUGUCUCUCUUGCAAAUUGUAAUGGGACUAUAGAAUAUGACCCUCUGCAAACAUGCCCAGAAGACUUGCUUUCCUCAGUAGAGGACAUGGGAUUUGAUGCAUCUUUACCAGCAAGGGCAGAACUACCUGUGGCAGUAGCCCAGCCCUCACCUGCAGUGCAGCUGGAAUCUCACAAAGCUGAACUUCCAUCCAAAGUGUCCCCAGCCCUUCUUGGCAAACAAGAGACAAAGACUAUAUUGAAGUGCUAUGUCCAGGUCACAGGAAUGACCUGUGCUUCAUGUGUUGCCAACAUCGAGAGAAAUUUGAGGAGAGAAGAUGGAAUACAUUCAAUACUUGUUGCCCUAAUGGCAGGAAAGGCAGAAGUGAGAUACAAUCCUGCUGUCAUACACCCUGCAGCCAUUGCAGAGCUCAUACGGGAGCUGGGAUUUGGAGCCACUGUGGUGGAAAACUGUGGUGAAGGAGAUGGAAUUCUGGAGCUUGUUGUGAGAGGAAUGACCUGUGCUUCUUGUGUACACAAAAUAGAAUCCACGCUCAUGAAGACUAAUGGUGUUCUAUACUGCUCAGUAGCUCUUGCUACCAACAAAGCACAUAUUAAAUAUGAUCCUGAGAUUAUAGGUCCUCGAGAUGUUGCACAAACAAUAAAGGAUUUAGGUUUCACUACUUCGUUAGUCAAAAAAGAUAGAUCUGCUAGUCAUCUGGAUCACAAACAGGAAAUAAGGCAGUGGAAAAGGUCUUUCGUUGUGAGCCUGGUUUUCUGUAUUCCUGUGAUGGGACUGAUGGUUUACAUGAUGGUUAUGGACAGUCAAAUGUCAGAUGCUCACACACAUCACAACAUGAGCGAUGAGGAAAUGGAGGCCCUUCACUCCUCCAUGGUCCUGGAGUACCAGCUCCUGCCAGGAUUGUCUGUUAUGAAUUUUCUGUCAUUUUUACUCUGUGUCCCUGUACAGAUAUUUGGAGGCUGGCACUUCUACAUACAGGCAUACAAAGCCCUGAAGCACAGAACUGCAAAUAUGGACGUGCUGAUUGUUUUGGCAACCUCCAUUGCCUUUGUGUACUCAUUUGUUAUUCUCCUGGUUGCAAUGGCUGAGAAAGCAAAAGUAAACCCUGUAACUUUCUUUGAUACACCCCCAAUGCUCUUUGUCUUCAUCUCUUUGGGCCGGUGGCUUGAGCAUGUUGCAAAGGGUAAAACAUCAGAAGCACUGGCAAGACUAAUUUCAUUACAAGCUACUGAAGCUACUAUUGUUACCUUGGGCCCUGGUAACGUUCUUUUAAGCGAAGAGCAAGUUGAUGUUGAACUGGUUCAGCGAGGUGACAUUGUCAAAGUGAUCCCAGGAGGCAAAUUCCCAGUGGAUGGUCGUGUUAUUGAAGGACAUUCUAUGGUGGACGAAUCUCUUAUCACAGGUGAAGCGAUGCCUGUGACUAAAAAACCUGGCAAUACAGUUAUUGCAGGUUCUAUUAACCAGAAUGGAUCACUCCUGAUUUCAGCAACCCAUGUUGGAGCUGAUACAACUCUUUCCCAGAUUGUAAAACUUGUGGAGGAGGCCCAGACCUCAAAGGCUCCUAUCCAGCAAUUUGCAGACAAACUUAGUGGCUACUUUGUUCCUUCUAUUGUGGCUGUCUCUGUGGUUACCCUUUUUGCCUGGAUUAUAAUUGGAUUUGUGGAUUUCAAAAUAGUAGAGAAGUACUUUCUGGGCUACAACAAGAGCAUUUCUGCAGCUGAAGUGAUAAUCCGCUUUGCUUUCCAAGCCUCCAUCACAGUCUUGUGCAUUGCAUGCCCUUGCUCUCUGGGAUUAGCCACCCCAACAGCUGUGAUGGUUGGGACUGGAGUAGGAGCUCAGAACGGCAUUCUGAUCAAAGGAGGAGAGCCCUUAGAGAUGGCACACAAGGUACAGGUGGUUGUGUUUGACAAAACAGGUACUAUCACACAUGGAACUCCAGAAGUGAUGCAGGUGAAGUUUCUAGUGGAGGGUAACCAACUGCCACAUCAUAAAAUGCUGGCGAUAGUGGGGACUGCAGAGAGUAAUAGUGAACAUCCUCUUGGAGUGGCAAUAACAAAGUACUGCAAAAAGGAACUGGACUCAGAAACUCUUGGGACAUGUACAGAUUUUCAGGUAGUCCCAGGCUGUGGCAUCAGUUGUAAAGUCACCAAUAUUGAAGCAUUGCUCUACAGGAAAAAUAAAAUGGUUGAGGAAAACAAUAUUAAAAAUUCAACACUUGUGAAAAUUAAGGAGAAUACAGAUGAAUCUGUGCAGCCUGCUUUGAUUAUUGAUGCUGAACUGCCAACUGCUAUGACUUCUCAAAAAUACACAGUCCUCAUUGGGAACCGGGAAUGGAUGAAUAGAAAUGGCCUCCUUGUUAAAAAUGAAGUUGAUAAAGCCAUGAUGGAACAUGAGCGGAGAGGUCGCACAGCAGUUCUAGCAGCUGUUGAUGGAGUACUUUGUGGCUUGUUAGCUAUUGCUGAUACUGUGAAACCAGAGGCUGAGCUGGCAGUCUACACUUUGAAGAGUAUGGGAUUAGAAGUUGUCCUAAUGACUGGUGACAACAGCAAGACAGCAAGAUCUAUUGCCUCUCAGGUUGGCAUCACCAAAGUGUUCGCAGAGGUUCUUCCCUCCCACAAAGUAGCAAAAGUGAAGCAGCUACAAGAUGAAGGAAAACGGGUGGCCAUGGUGGGAGAUGGUAUCAAUGACUCCCCAGCUCUUGCCAUGGCCAAUGUGGGAAUUGCUAUUGGCACAGGAACUGAUGUAGCCAUCGAGGCAGCUGAUGUCGUUCUCAUUAAGGAUGACUUGAUGGACGUGGUUGCAAGUAUAGAUUUAUCCAGGAAAACUGUGAAAAGGAUCCGGAUUAACUUUGUCUUUGCUCUAAUUUAUAACCUCAUUGGAGUUCCCAUUGCUGCUGGUGUCUUCAUGCCCUUUGGUUUGGUUUUGCAGCCCUGGAUGGGAUCUGCAGCCAUGGCUGCUUCCUCUGUUUCUGUUGUGCUUUCUUCUUUGCUGUUAAAGAUGUACAAAAAACCAAGUUCUGAGAAACUUGAGUUCCGGGCCCAUGGCCAAAUGAGGCGCAAGAGCCCAUCUGAAAUCAGCGUCCACAUUGGAAUUGAUGAGACUGGGACAGGCUCUCCUAAACUGAGCCUAAUGGAUCGGAUCAUCAAUUACAGCAGAGCCUCCAUAAACUCUCUCUUCUCAGACAAGCGCUCAGUGAACAGCAUCGUUCUUAAUGAACCAGAUAAGCAUUCACUGUUGGUGGGAGAUUUUGGAGAAGAUGAUGACACAGCUUUAUGACACACACCCAUCCUCUCCCACGAAGCAAAAAAAAAAACAACCUGAAGCCAAGUGGCAGAAUUAACCAAAGAGCUGUCUAGGACUCGGUGCAUGUGCUGAGCAUUUCUGGAGGUCUUUUCAGAUGUGUUUCUUCUUUGAUGUAGAAAGGUAGUUUUUGCAGUGACUGUUCAGGGUCUUUGUUUUUGUUAAACUAGAUUUGCCAAAAAAAUUCGUGCAGGGGUUGUUCCUGCUUGCAACCAGAGCUGUGUUACCACUCCAGGAAGCUUGCAGUGUAGCAUGCUUUUAGCAAAAUAUCAAAAUACAAUUAAGGACACUAAAGAACCAGAAACCUACUUCCCAGCCUUGUAAUAGGUUACUUUGUGUAUAGUCAAGUUCAGUGCUGUGUUAAAAUGUGGUAAGUUAUUGCAUCUGCAAAACACUGAAGGAUCUGUGUUUGCAGAUAAAUGUGCCUUACUUCACACCUCCUGCAAUCCCUUCUACCAGGGAUGGUUCCUCUUCAAAGCCUUUUGUUUUUACAAACAUCUGAUUCCAACUUUCCACACUCCUGCCUUCAAAUCAUAUCCCUGAUUGUGGUCUGAAUUCCUGCAAAGAAGAGACUCCGUAAAUCUCUGUCCCAGUACACUCCUACUGCUAAGGAUUUUUGCUUGAAGGUUGAGUGUGGUGGGAGGUUUACUCACUCCCAAACUCUCCUAAACCAAAAACUCCUGCAACAUCUGAAUACAAGAUGAGUGUGAUGCAGUGUUAGCUGAGAUGUUUAGCUUUUGAAGAACGCAGCAGUGUAGUUAGUACUCACUACCAGUAUCUGCUAACAUUUCUGACAUGAACCAGAGUAGUUUGGGCAGAUGUCAGGCAGACUGCCUUUAAAAUCAUUACAGUUCAGUCUUUGCAGAUACCUGACCCCCUCAGAGGAUUUGUUAUAUAGCAGAUACUGUACUGACAUUAAUUGCUUGUAAAGGUGUCUUUAUACCAGGAAUGGUCCAGAAUCUACUCCACAGACUGAUCCAAACCCCCUUUGCCUGCGAUGUUGAGUUUCAGGCUUUGUGAAUUAAGAUUUUUCAUU